GUGAAAAUAUCAAUGCAGUUGACCUUGACUGGCACUCUGCCCUCUGAGCACGAACCUCGCGCUUUUGCAGGGCUCGCUGAAUGCCCUGCGUUAAGGAACAAUGAUAAUGCAUUCACAACAAUGGCUGCGCUAAAGGCGUGGGUAUAUUUUUGAAACGUUAGCCGCGACGAGAACUUGCGGUGCUGCCGUUGCGGCAGCAGAGGAACUGCGGCGAUGGGGAAAGGAAAAGGGCAAUGUAUCGGAAAGCCACGAGAGGACGACACGUUUGCGCCUGCGGGUGUAACUCCAAAGGCUCACAAAGGACGCUCCGAGGCUCCGCCGCCGCCGCCCAACUUCAGCGUGCAUGCCGGCACGCCAGCCGAGCAGCUGAGCCCGGAGGAGGCGGCGGUGGACGAGCUGCUGGGCCCGCUGUUCCAGGCCGGGCUGGAGGCGCGCUACGGCGGGCAGCUAUGCCAGCUGGUGUUCGGGGCCUUGUCGCGGGUGGCGCGGCAGUGCCUGGCAGACCGGCCCGACCGGGACCGGCUGCUGGCUCGGCUGGUGCGGCUGCGGGAGGUGUCGUGGGGCGUGGAGGAGCUGCUGGCUCACUUCUCGUCCAGGGGCUGGCUGCUGCGGCUGCUGCGCACCUCCCGCCUGGAGGCGCUGGUGCGCUGGCGGCUGGACGACAUUGCGGACCUGGCGGAGGAGCUGGCGGCAGCUACUGCCGCCACCACUGCUACUGCCACCGGUACCACCGGCGGUAGCGGCAGUACGGGCGGCGGGGUGGGCAAAGCGCAGCACAGGGGCAGCAGCACCAGCGGCGCAGCCGCCUUGAGCGGUCUGGAUGCGGAGGAGGCUGAGGCGGCGGCCAAGUUGAUGGCGGGCGGGCUGCGCUCGGCGCGCAAGCUGCAGGAGGCGGCGGCGGCGGCGCUGCCCGGCAUCCUGGCGCCGCACGGGGCGGCGGGCGACGCGGGCGCGCUGGAGGGCUUCUUAAAGAAGCUGGCGCCGCUGGUGGCGGGCGGCGAGGAGCCCAUACGGCAGCUGGAGCUGCAGGAGGAGGCGCAGAUUGCGGUGGCGGCGAUGACGGUUGGUCCGCACCGCGCGCUGCGGCAGCCGGACCUGCAGCUGUUCUGGUGGGCGCACAUGGGCGGCGCGGAGGAGGUGACGUGGACCAGCCUGUGGCCGCACCUCGCCACAUUCCUGGCCAACGCGCCGCGCCUGUCCGACGGCGCGGGCGACGCCGCCGCGGCGGUGCAGCUGCUACAGUCGCCGGAGGCCUGUCGCGCCAUGCAGGCCGCCGUCAACUGCAUGGGCUACACCAACUACAUCAACGCCGCGGAGCUGGACAUGGCGCUGGGCGGCCCCGGGCACAGCGCGGGACUGGCGCUGACCGGCGCGGCGGAGGCAGCAGCGGCAGCAGCAGCAGCAGCAGGAGGCGGAGAUGCCGCGGCGCUGGGAGGUGGUGGUGGCGGAGGCGCGGGUGAGGGCGGGCUGUCAUUGGAAGAGCAGCUAAGGGCGCUGCUGGCAGCGGCGGCCGCGGCGGCGGCGGCUGGGGCCGCGGGCAGUAAUGGCCUGGCGGCGGGCGGCGGGCUGGGCCGGACCAGCAAGGGUGCACGGGCGGACGGGUGGGCGUCGGAGGCGGCGGCGGCGGCCGCGACGGCGCGCGCGGCGGCGGCGCGGUCGAGUGGCGGCGCGGCUUCGCCAUGGGGCCAUGUGGGUCAGUACGGCUACGUGCACGGGUCCGGCAGCGCAGGCGGAGGCGGUGGGAGGCAGCAGCAGCAGCGACGGCAUAGCCACGGCGGCGGCGGUGGCUAUGGGCUGCUGGGUCAGGCCGGAGAGGAGGGCAGCGAGCAGUGGGAGGACGCCAACAGCGAGUUCAGCAGGGGCGCCUCCUCCAUGUAUAUGUCAGCUGUGGGGCUGCCCUCCGCGGCGGGUGCGGCGCCGGGCUUCGCCUCGCAGCCGCCCUCGCAGCAGGGCACGCCCCGGCCCUCCUCCGAAGAGGGCCCGUUCUCGCCCGCGGCUGGCACCGCAGCCCCGCACACCAGCGCGGGCGGCGGCGGCGGCGGGGGCUCUAAUGGCGGAGGCGGUGUCGGCGCGCUAGCGAGUCGGUCCAGCGCGGGUUUGAAUGGCUCCGCGUUCGCGAGCAUGCCGGUGGCGGCGGCAGUAGCAGCUGCCACGGCGGCGGCAGUAGCGGGCGUGGCAGUGGCGGCGCCGCCGGGCGCGGGCGGGCCGCCGCCGCCGACUCGCACGCACCUGGUCGGGCGGCUGGAAGACCUGCAGCUGCUGGUGACAGUAAUGUACGGAGGUGGUGCUACAGCUGCUGCUGCUGCUGCCGGUGCUACAGCCGCUCACGGCACACCCACGCACUCAGGCGCUGCCCUACCCAACCUUCUGCUCCCGCCGCCCACCGCCAGCCCCGCGCCGGCCGCCGCGCCCGGCCCCAGGGGCCGGGCCCACUCCCACGCCGGCCUGGCCAGCUCCUCCCAGCCGCUGCCCGCCUCAGCACACGGCACCGCGCUCCUGGUGUCCGGGCCCCGCGGCGCCGGCAAGACGUCGCUGGUCGCCGCCGCCGCCGACCACCUCGUCUCGACCGGCGCCUGGGCGGGCGCCGCCUACGCCGACCUGCGGGUCUGCAGCGGCCCGGAGGAGGUGGCGCUCGCGAUCGCGCUGGCGCUGGGGGUGCCCUUCUACGCGGCGGACCGGCCCGCCAGCGCGCGGCUGCUGGGCUGGCUGCGGCGGCACGGCAGCCGGUGGUCUGGUCCGGUUGGGCCUGGCUGUGGUCUGGUCGCGGCGGCCGAUCGUGGUCUGGUCCUGGACAAUGUGGACCUGCUGCUGGGGGCGGGCGUGCGGGACGAGGCGCUGGAGGCGGCACGUGAGGGCACGGGGCCAGGCCAUGCCCCCGCCACGGCGCCCGGCACGCCCACAGCCGGCUCCACCACCUCGGCCUCCGGGCAACUGCACAGCCACCUGCAACCCCACGCGGCCGUGCUGGAGGACCGCUCAGGACCACUGCAGGCGCAGCAGGCGCAGCAGCAGGUGGAGUUCGACCGGCGGCGGCGGGUGCUUCGGCUGCUGCGGGACAUUGCCCAGGCGACGCCGGCGCUGCGGCUGGUGCUGGUGUCGGGCCAGGCGGUGACGCGGGAGGUGCUGCAGCCAGCCAUCCCCUCGGGCCUGUCGCUAGCGCUGCACGCCGUGACGCCGCUGGCGCCCGAGGCCGCGGUGGCGCUGCUGCGCAAGGCGGCGGCGCUGACCGGGCUGCGGGCGGGCGGGGCCUCCGCCGCCGCCUCGCCCACCGCCGCCUUCGCCGCGGCCAGCCAGGAGCAGGACAAGCACCUGGCCUCCAUUGCCGAGGCCUGCGGUCGCCUGCCUGAGCUGCUGCGGCUGGCCGGCGGCGGCGUGCGCUGCGGCGCCGCCGACUUAGGCAUGAUGGGCGCGGCGGCGGCGGAGGCGCUGCGCCGGAGCGAGGCGCCCUCUCGGGCAGUGGGGGCCUUCGCUGCGCACCUGGUGGCGCACAGCCUGGCCACACUGCCGCCCGAGAGCCGCGCCGUGCUGUGCGCCGCCGCCGCGCUGGGCUGCGCGCUGGGCGAGGAGGAGGUUGCGGCGGCGGCGGCCUUCCUGGGUAGCCCGGGGCUAGUGCGCGCGUGUCUGUCAGCGCUAUACGACCGCGGCCUGCUCAAUUUCCAGGUCUACAGCGGGCGUCACGAGGUGUGCGGCCACGUGCGCACAUGGCUGCUGCGCUGCAGCACCUCGCUGGUGGCGCCCGUGGUGCACGGCGCCGGCGGCCUGGCCCUGGCGGGCGCCCUGGCGGGCGGCGGCGGCGGCGGCGGCAGCGGCAUGGGCGGCUUGGCGGCGACCCACGGGCGCGCGCCGCGGUCCAGCGCCGCAGGGGCCAGCACGGGCGGGGCGGCGCCAGCAGGAGCGGGUGGAGGAGCAGGCGCGGCCAAGCACGGGCAGCACGGCAGCAUCAGCCACCGCGAGAGCGGCGUGCGGCUGCGGCUGCUGGUGGACCACCUGGAUGAGCUGCUGGGGCAGGUGGGCGAGCUGUACAGCGCCGGCUGCAGGGUGGCGGCGCUGCGCCUCCACAACAACUGCCGCGGCCUGGCGGACCGCGCGCUGCUGCUGCUGCCCGCCUGGCUGCUGCGGGCCGGGCCCGGCACCGCCACGGCCGCCGUGUUCGCGGGAGUCCUGAGCCGGCACCUCAACGGCGUGUGUCGCCACGUGCUGCUGCCGGGCCAGCUGGGCCGCGCCGUACGCGACCUGGCCGCGCUGCUGCCCUCCUUGCCCUCGCCCCAUGACCGACUGGUGGGACACGUGGCGGCGGCGCGCGCCCACACACACCAGCUGGCGGCCGAGGCGGCGGCGGCGCAGCUGGCGGCGGCGGAUGCGCUGGCGGCGCAGCUGUACCCCGCGCUGUCUGCCGCCGUCGAGCGGGCCCGCGGCGGCAGCAAUGGCGGCGGCGGUGGCGGCUCCGUCGCAGGGGCUAGUGGUGCGUCGGUGCCGACGACACCGCAAGCGGCGUCGAAGAAAGCUGCUGCGGCGGCGGCGGCGGCGGUGCCGGCGGAGGUGGCCCAACUGGCGCUGGCGCACGCGGAGGCAGCGGCGGCGGGCGGCCGGGACGCGGCGGCGGCGGCGCUGCUGCACACCUUCAUCGACCUGCUGCUGGUCACCGCACCCUCCGCCGUCGGCGGCAGCGGCAGUACCACAGACAAGGGCCUGCAGCUGCUGCCCGCCUCAGCAGCUAGCCCCGCUGCCGCAGGCGGCCGCGGCGCCGCCGCCAACGCCAACGCCGCCGGCGCCGCCGCCAUGGCUGCGGUGGCGGCGCUGGUCAGCUCGGGUGGCAAGCCGCUUCCGCCGACGCCCGCCAUCCUGGAAGCAGCGCAGGCGCGCAUGCAGCUCGGAGACCUCAUGCUGCGCAUGGGUCGCUCGCCAGCAGAGGCCGCCGUACAGUACGACGCGGCGGCGGCGGCGCUGGCGGCGUUGUACGGCGCCCGCCACUUCCGGGUCGGGCGGGCGCUGCUGGCGGCGGCGCGGUGCCGGGCAGCGGUGCCGUCGGCGGGCGUGGGGUCGCUGGCGGGUAGCAGCUUCAAGGCGCUCGCCAGGACCAGCGCCGACGGUGGCGGAGCGGCAGGGGCAGGAGGGGGAGCAGGGGCGUCGGGGGCCCUGGCGACGGUUGGUGGCGGCGGCAGCAAGGGGGCCAGGUCGCUUGUGUCGGUGCUGCAGGACUGUCUGUACAUACAGCAGCUGUCGCAGGGCAAGUUCAAUCUGGAUGUCGCGGAGGCGGAGGUGGCUCUGGGCUGGGCCACGCUGCGGCUGGCCUCCCCGCCGCGGCCGGACGAGGGGCUGAGCGCGGGGCUGGUGGCGCUGGGCAUUGCGAUGGAGGUGCUGGGAGAUGGCACCCAGCAGGUGGCCGAGUGUCUAGACCUGAUUGCUGCCGCGCUGCGACAACAGCACCGCUCCGCCGCCGCCGCCGCCAUGGCACUCCACGCCGAGGCCAUCCGGUCCUACGUCGCCACCGCACUCGCAGCACAGACUGCGGCGGCGCCGCCGCCAGCGGCAGGCUCAACGGCGCAGCUGGCGGCGCUGGCGCCGCCGCCAACGGAGUCCGUAGUGCUCGAGCACCUGGCGCCGCCGGCAGCGGUGGCGGCGUCUAUGGCGCUGACGGCGGCGCCGAUGGCCAUUGCCCCGCGGUCGGCGGCGGCGGCGGCCGGCGGGCGCGCCGUGUCGGCGUCGCCGCCGCACCCGGCCAAGACCAGUCUGCAACACUCGCCACUGGUUCAGGUGCCCAUGCCUGCGGGCGGGGUGCCGGUGGCCACCGACCCGCUUACGCACUCCCCAGAGCUGGUCGUGCAGCUGCCAGACAGCGACGGCGGAGCCGUCGCUGGCGCCGGCGCCUUCGGCAGCCCCGGCGGCGCAGCCGCCGCCGGCGCGGCGGUAUCUGCGGGCGCCAUUGAUGGCGGCGCAGCCGCCGCUGGCGCUGGCGCCGGCGGCAACGUGCGCUACGUGGCCCGGCCCCCUCCGCUGGCACCGUGUGACAGCAUGAUGCACGCGCCCUCACUGAUGACAGGCUCCUCGACAGCGACGUCGACGGCGCCGCCCACCUUGGUCACGCCGGGCACUGCGCCAGGCAGCACGGCGGCGGCUGCAGUAGCAAGAGCGGCGGGGGCGCUCCCGCCGCCGCCUCCGGCGGUGCCGCCUGACAGCCCGCUGACAGAGGAGACGAUGCGCUGGGGGCCGGACGGCCGGUCGCCGGCGGCGGCGAUGGCGGCAGGCGCGGCAGCUGGUGUAGCAGCGGGCGCGGUGGCGGCGGUCGCAGCAAGCACUGCCGGCAAGGACGAGGAGGCGGAAAAGGACGAGGAGGAGGAGGAGGCGGCGCCCUCGCAGGCGCAAGGCCAGGCGGAUGCGGAGGAGGCUGACGCAGCUGAGGCUGGUGCAGCUGAGGAGGAGGCUGGUGCAGUCGAGGCGGACGAAGAGCCGGGGAAUGCUGCAGCGGUGGCCGUAAGCCGUGGCGCGCCGCCGACGGCGGUGGAGGUGGAGCCCGAGUCAACGGCCCCGGCGGGAGGGUACGACACGGCUGCCGGGGCAGAUGGGUACGACACUGCUGGCGGGGAACACGUGUCAGCCAAUCAGCCGACGCAGGACGAGGAGGAGGAGGUCGCCGCAGCAACCGCGGCGGCGGCAGUGGCGGUGGCAGUGCCUGUUGCAAUGAGCAGUUCCGCGCCGCCGCCUCAGCAGCAGCAGCAACCGCAGCAUGCGGCUUCAGCUGCCGAGGCGGCACAUGAAGACGCCGACGCUGCCAUUGCGGCAGAUCCUGGCGUGACUGCAACCAGUGCUGCUGCUGCUGCUACUGCUGUACGGUCUGCACCCGCACCUGCUGCCUCUGUGACUGCCGAAGAUGCCGAGGUGCGGACUGUGACCGCGACUGGGGCAGACGCGGAGCCGCGUGGGCCUUUCAUCGCGGCUGCGGCGGCUGUGGGUGCGGGUGUUGCUGCGGCCGGCGCGGCCGCGGCAGGCGCCUUUAAGCGGCGGAAGGACACCGACGCCGACGGGCCCGAAGCCCGGGACGCGGACGAGGAGAAGCUCUCGGAAGCUGACGACGUCGGGGCCGAGGAGGCUGUAGAGCCGGAGGAGUACGCUGACGUGAGUGCCUAUGCGCGCUCAGCACCGCCGCCAGCCGCUGCCGCCGCCGGCGGCGGCGCAGCAUCAGCGGCGGCAACUAUUGCUGCGGCAGGCGCCACUGCAGCGGUCGUCGGCACUGCCUCGUCGCACCACGACGGCGGCGGCGACCCAGAUGCCGGGCAUAAUGGUGCCCAGGCAGGCGCCGAGGUGACUGACGCUACGGCUGCGGAUGUCGAGGAUGCCGAGGUAGUGGAGGCGGUGGCGGAGGAGGCUCGGGAGCAGGCAGAGGAGGCUCGGGAGCAGGCAGAGGAGGCUCGGAAGCAGGCAGAGGAGGCUCGGAAGCAGGCAGAGGAGGCUCGGGAGCAGGCAGAGGAGGCUCGGGAGCAGGCAAAGGGGGCGCCGCGUGAGGCGGAGGCGCUCGCGCAGUCUUCUGCCAUCGCCGGCGCCGCCGCGCCCCGUGCCGUGGCCACUCCCGUUGCUGCUGGCCAAGCCAGUGGCCUCACUGAGCCGCUGCUAGGCGGGGAAGGCAAGGAGCUGUUGGAAGCCGAGGCGCCGGCAGCUGUGCCGGUGGUUACCGCCACAGCCGUGGCAGGGCCGCUGCAGGAUGGCGAGACGGUUGAUGAGCAUUUGCCGCAGAGCCACGCAGAUGAACUGGACAGCUCGGAGGUAGCAGCAACGGCGGCAGCGGUCGCGGCAGCAGCCGGCGCGGCUGGGGAGGAGUCGGGGGCAGCUAUGCGGUCUACAACAGACGUCCAGCCAGGCGUUGCGAAAGAGCUGGAAGCAGCCGCAUCCGAGCAGGUCGAGCUGCAGGUGAAGUCGGAGGCGGAGGCGGUGGAGACGGCUGCUGAUGCAGAUGAUGUGUUCCUGGAGGGGCUCUCGGAACAGGAGCAGGAUGAGAAGGCAGCGGAGGCGGCGGCGGGCACAGCUCAGGAGGCCAAGGUGGCGGCUGGAACAGCGGCGGCUGCGGCAAUCACGGCAGAGGCGGCGUGCAAAGCGGCAGAUGGGAGCUUGGGGGCGCACGUGGACGCAACUAGCCGCCAGCUGGCUGCCGAACCGCAGCAGCAGCAGCAGCAGGAGGAGGAAGAGGAGGAGGAGGAGCAGGAAGAGGAGGAGGAGGAGGAGGAGGAGGGCCAGGCGGCGGGAGACGCCAGGGAGCACGGUGCAGAUGCGGCCACGGCCGCGGCGGCUGCCGCCACCACGGCCAGCGUCGGGGUCGGAGCUGGGGCCUUGGCGGCGGCGGCCGUUGAAACAGAUGGAGACCGCGCGUCUGAGUCCGGGGCAGCGGCGAGGGCUGCUUCUGUGGAGGCGCAGCUGCCGCGUGCGCCAGAGCAGGCGGACUUGUCUGAGCGGGCAGCCGACGUGGCCUCCAGCCAUGGAGAGCUAGCUGCAAGUGCUGCUGUGACGCAAAGCCUGGCGGACGAUGGAUCCGAGGAGGCACAUGAGGGCGUCGAGGGUGCAGCUGCCUUCGCUGAACGCCCAUCAGCGCCGGAGCACGCGGCUGCUGAUGCCGCCAACGAGAAGGCUGGGGAGGAUUUGCAUGCGCCCGCGGUGGGUGUAGCGGCGACAACAGCUCCCAUCACAGCGGCACCAGUGGCGGCGUCUCCACCGGCCGAGCAGGUGACGACCAGGUCGAUACCAGGGCCGGAGGCUCAGACACAGGCAGCAUUUGAUGCCGCCUCCGGCGACGCCGCCUCCAGUGCCGAGGCUUCCGGUGCUGCCUCCAAUGCCGGUACCUUCGGCGACGCCCCCCACGUCGCCGCUUCCAGGCCUGAAAGCGGUGAGGCCGGCGGCAUGGCAGCUUCUGAGGCAGCCGAGGAACCGGCAGAGGUGGAGGUGGUGCGUGGGGUUGCGCCCGCCGCCAUUGCUCCUGCAGCCGCAGCCACAUCGGCAGCUGUGGUUGCUGGCGGCGCCGUGGCUGCCAUGGUGGCUACAGCCUCGGACCAGGACGAGGAGGAGGAGGAGGAGGAGCAGGAGGCCGCGGCGGAGGAGGGCGGCCGCCAGGCGACGUCAAGGGAAGGAGGGUCGGUGGAGGAGGAAGAGAAGGAAGAGGUGGAGGAGCCCUCAGGGCGUAAGCUGUCAGAGGAGGACGAGGAGGUACCGGCAGAGUCCGUCAGCGCAUCCAGGGCCGCCCCUGCCUCGGCUGCUACAGCUGCCGCCGCUGCUACCGCUGCCACCCCAGCAGCGGUAGCCGCAGCUGCCGCGGACUCGGAAGAGGCCGCAUCAGCGGCGCAAGCGGAGCCACAAGCUGGGCUGUCAGGAGAGGCGGCCUUGGGAGCAGAAGCGGAAGCAGGCAUGGAAGCGGAUACGGACACAGAAGCGGAGUAUGCAGACGCAGAAGCGGACGCGGAUGCAGACACGGAAGCGGACGCAGAUGCAGACGCAGAAGCUGGGCCACGCCCAUCAAGGACAUCAGCGUCGGCGGCGGAGGAGGUACACUCCACCGCGGCUGCUGACGUGCAGGAUCACCGCGUUGACGACGUGCACGUCAAGGAGGUGGCGGAAAAUAUGGCGGAGGUGGAGGUGGCCCAGCAGGACAGCGACUCUGGGCUGGGCGCGGCAGCUGCAGGUGCAGCGGCUGCAGGGGUCGCAGCGGCUGCGGGUGUGGGCGCCAGGGCAGCAGCCGCUGCGUCCGCCUCUCACAGUGCUGCUAGCCCAGGGCAUGAGGCAGAGGAGACGGAGGGGUCGCUGCAGGGCGAAGAAGCGGCGGCGGGGCACGAGGAGACGGAAUCCGUUGGAAGCCGGCAACCCAGGACCGCCAAUGACGUGGAGAGUGCGGCUGCAGCGGUCCCGACAGCGGUUGCGGCGGCUGGAGUCACCGAGACCUCUCGGGCCUCUUCGGCAAAGUUGAAUUCUGAGACAGAUCUGUUGGCUCGCUCGGUCUCAGCUGACCGGGCUUCUGUUGAUGAGGCGGCGGAGUCGCCGGAGCCGGGUGUGGAACCUGGUGCCGCCUCGCCGCCUGCUGCAUCAUCGUCGUUCCGCGGCCCGACGGUCACCACAGCGGCCCAUCAGCAAGAAGCAAGCACUGACGCAGACACCGGCAGUCCAUUUGCGGCCGCAGCGGCCGCAGCGACGGCUGCUGUUGCCGGCUGGCCAGGUGCCACUUCCUCCACGGCUGACACUACGGCCGUCACGCCGCGUUGCCCGUCAACUGACGCCGCUGCGGCGCCGCUGACGUUGCUGACCAGCCCCGCAGCCGCCAGUGACGUUGCCGCCAGUCCUGGCGUAAGCCUGCCGCCACCGCCCUCCGUGGCGGACGGCGUUGGGGGCAUGGACGCCGUCGACGUUGACGGCGCCGCCGCCGCCGGCACAGCAGCAGCCGCUGCAGCCGCAGCCGCGGGCGGCGUUGCCGCUGCAGCCGCAGCCGGCCGCCGCCACCGCGGCUCUGCUGACGGCGACGACAGUGACGCAGAGAGCGUGGAGACACCCAUCGCCGCUCUCAGCCGCUCGCCGGUGCCGCCCAGCGCGCCGCCUCCCACCGAGUCCCGCGACGCGGGCACCGCUACAGCGGCUGCCGCCGCUGCCGCCGCGUCACGGCUCAGCCCUGGCCCCAGCCCGCUGCAGCUCAACACGCUGCCGUCCUCCCGCUCUUUGGCGUACACGGAAAGUGGCCUUUUGUCAAGUGCUACUUCGGCACCGCCGGCCCCGGGCGUGCUUGCAGACCCGCUUGCCUCAUUGACCUGGGCGGACGGUCCGGAGUCGCCCAUGGGUCUUGGAGGCGGGGGCAGCCGGAGGUCGCUGCAGCCGCGUGCGCUGCGCUACCCAGCAGCCGUAGCAGAGGAGGAAGAUGAGGAGGAGGCCGCAGCGGUGGCGGCGGUGGCGGCAGCCGUCGGUGCGGGUGCCGCUGCCGCUGCGGGUGUUGGUGCAGGCCGGGCGUCCGAGGAUGGCAGCGUUCACCGCACCUCCGCCUCGGGCACAAGGUCGGCACGUGCCAGCCGCCGCGUGAUGUUCGCCGAGGCAGCACCCGAGGGCGGCGAUGCAGCUGGCGCGCAUCCGCAUUCGCCUCCCGUGCUGCACACCUACCGCGGCGCCCCGGCAGCAGCAGCGGCGGCGGCAGCCGCAGCAGCCAAUGGCGACGUCACGGAUGUGGACGCGGCGCUGAGGGAGCUGGAGGGCCUCGGCCAGCACCACGCGCCGCAUGCACAGCAGCAUGUGGGCUUGCACGACAGCGCACCUGCUGGAGCCACAGGGGGUGGCGGCGGCGGUGACGGCGCGGCGGGCCUGGAGGGCGUUGCCUCCUUCCUGGCGCUCAAGCAGCGCACCCUGGGAGGCCGUGUUGGCGUUAGCAGCGAGGGGGCUGCCGGCAGCAAGGGGGAGGCGGUGGCGCCGCCGCCACCGCUACCGCGUCGGUCCGCCUCCGGCGCAGAUGCGCAUUCGGCGGCGCCGCUGCCGCCUCCUGUCUCCAUCCUCAAGAAGACGGCGCAGACAACAACGGCAGCAAUGCCAGGACAGGCGGCGCUGGCCCGGGAGCAGGAGGACAAUGCGGUGGUGGGGUCCCCGGCAGCGGUAGCGGCGGUGAGCGGGCUGCAGGGUGUGCAGGCGUUCAUGGCGCUGCGGCAGCAGACCAUCAGCCGCCGCAGCCUGGGCGGCAGCGAGGCCACAGAAGGCCUCGAUGCUGCCGCGGCGGCAGCGGCGGAGCGGCCUGCGCCGUCCACCGCCGCCGCUGCUGCGACUGAGGCGGCUGACGCAAUGGAGAAGCCGUCGCCGUUUGCUGGCAUGUCGGCCGCGGCGAUGUUGGAGAUGGGAAGCUUCCGCGGCUCCUCCGCCACGCCCACGCCGGCCUCCACCUCAUCCACCAUUGUUGGGCCGCCCUCGGACGAGGCUGUCUCAGACGCCGUCGCAGCGGCAGUAGCUGCCGCUCGCGGGGCUGUAGCAGACGCUGAGGCCGCCGACGAGGCCGAGCUUGGCGAGGCGGCGUGGUCGCAACUGGCUGCGGAUGCGUCCCUGGCGGCUAAGGCAGUAGCGGUCCGGCCGCCGGGCGGUGCUGCCGGCGGAAGGGCCGCAGGUCCUGCUACUGCCGGUAGCGGCAUUGGGGCAACCACGGCGCCACUGCUACAGCCGGGUGACAGCAGCCUGCUGAGGGAGGACGACAGCCUAGGAGCGGCGGCCGCCCUGGCGGCGGGAGUGAGCACGGAUAUCAUUGGUGCGGGCAUGGGCAUGGGUAUGGGCACUAUUGCUGAGGCGGGCGGAGAGGACGAUGCGGACGAGCCCGAGUGGCGGCUGCUGCAGGCGGAGGCGGAGGGCGCCGCGGCACUGGUGACCAGCCCGCCCCGACACGUCGCCUCUGCAACGCCGGCAGCAGCGGCUGCUGCAGCAGCAGGAGCGGGCGUGCUGUCAGGCGGCAGUAGCGGGCUGUUGCACCAGGAGGAGGUGGAGGAGGUGGAGGAGGAGGGGGUUCAGGGACGGCUGCUGGCGCCUGCUGAGGCCGGCGCCGGCUCCUCGCUGCGGUUCGUGCCCAGCGCCCUGGUUGACCUGAGUACCCUGGACAGCGGCGGCCCCGGCCCCGCACCCGUACCAGGCGUGCAAGAGCAAAAGCAGCAUGAGCAGGGGCGGGAGCAGGAGCAACAGCAGGAGCACGAGCAAGAGCUGCUGACAGUGCGCACUGGCGACGUAGUGCGCGCGCAACCCCCGGGCUCAGUCGACGGCGAGGCGGUGGCAGUGGCCGCAGGCGCCGUGGCAGCAGUGGCGCGGGCGCGUGCCGUUAUGGACGACAUGCUCGGUUCUUCCUGGGGUGCGGCGCCGGGCUCCCCAAGCCGUAUCCCGCACUCGCCACGUUUUAUGGCUAGGGAGGGGUCUAUUGAGGGGUUGGGGUCGCCGCCUGGCGGCGGCCGCAUGCGCAGUGCCAACAGCCGUAUCCCGCUCCCUCCAAGCGCCAUCGAUGCAACGCCGCCCGCGUCGCCGCUGCGGCGGCCGGGUCCAGUGGCGGCGCUGGCGGGCGGUGCGUCAGCUGUGUCUUCGCCGGCAGCUCGCCGGGCAGGCUCCUACACCGCUGCCUAUCUGCACCAGCAGCGCAGAAGUACUGCUGGGGCCGCAUCCGGCGGCGGGGGCGCGACCAGUGCUGGUGCGGCACCCGCCGGUGCUGACGGCGGCGCGGGCACCAGCGCAGCCGCCGGUUCUGGCACCGGUGCCGCUGCCCCCGGUGGCGCCAACCCGCACCACGUGCCCUCGGGCGUCAAGGUGCACAACCCCCUCUUCGUCAGCAGCAGCACCCACAUGAGGAUGCAGCAGGCGGGACACGGCGGUGGCGGAGCCGCUACCGCCAGUGGCGGCGGAGCCACCGCCGUCACGGUUGAGGAGCUGCACGGGGGCCUCGGGGAUGGGGGUGACAUCGAUGGGGAAUACGACACGGGGCAUGUGGAGCCGUACAGUGACACGCCGCCGGUCAGUGGCGACGUCGCGCACUACUACGACGAGGCCGGGGAGGAGCUACACACGCACCAGCACCCCCAGCCCACGCCGCAGACCACGCCGGCAGCGGCCGCGGCAGGUGCAGUCGCGGCAGGUGCCGUCGCGGCUGGGCCUGCAGGUGGUGCCCAGCAGUUGAACUACGCCGCGACACCAGGCGCUAGCGGCACUGCGGCCGCGCAGUCGGCUGCGGGUAUGGCUACGCCGGAGCUGGCAUCGCCUCGGAGACCCAAGUCGCUGAUCCCCACCUCGCCUGCCGCUACGGGCGCGGCGGACAGGCACACGCCUGCGGCCGUGAACGCGGGCGCGGCAGUGGCGGCCAUGUCCUCAGCCGCGGCCAAGCGCCGGCUGCCUCGGCCGCCUGGGUACGCUGAUGCACAGCCGCUCACGCCACCUGGCCCCGGCGCCGCCAUGACGUCUCCGCGCUCUGGCGCUGCCGCCGGCGCGGAGCAGCAGGCGCCGCCGGGGGCACGCCGCACGCCGUCGUCGUCGCUGCCCCGGCCGCCUGGAUCGGGUCCCAGCAAGACCACGCCCGCAGCCAGUAAGCUGCCGGUUUGGCGAUAGGCGCAACCCAUAGGUCGGCACUUCGUGGAUUGAAUGCACGGUGUAGAAAAGGGAUCUCGACGCGCUUGUGUGUUCGAUGUAGUAGCGGCGCUUGCGUUUGAUUUCAUUGAGGACUGCGAGCCAUUGCCCGUGGAGGACGUGCGUGUGUGUAGGUGUGUGUACCGGACACUGAGCGUGCUGAUAUAUACUUACUACGGCAAGGGUGUAGACCCAACAGCGUCGGAAUGGGGUAUCAAAAUUGCUGGUGGGUUCGAUUACUUCUGUAGAAUGCGGUGGGGCAGCUCAGCUGGUGGCGCAUGGUGAGGAGGCGCUGCGCGGUGUUGGAGAGAUUUGCGCUUUCUAUGAAUGCGACAUUACAAGAAGGGACAGUCCGACCAAGCAAGGGUGCCCUUGCGCUUUUAUGCUGGGACAACGAGAUUCUUGGACUUGCAUGAACCCAGCACUGGUGGGUGUAAGGAACCGAUGAAGGACUGCCUACUGUCUUCCGGGGGCAGUAGCAACGCAGUAGGCAGUAGCAACGCAGUACAGACACCUUCGUCCCCGGGUGGAGUCAGCUUCAGCGGUUGUAGCCUAGUCUGCAAUGCCGCUCCUGUAACCGAAACGGCGU